UCUUCUCUUGUGAGCCGCUCCCUCCAACGUAUAUUCCCUAUCCUCUCGUCCCUCACAAACUUUUUUCCUCUUUUCAAAACUCCUACCCAAAAUUCCCCAAAAUUUCGAAAAACUCCCCCUCCCCCUCACCCCCUCGUUAAAACGCCCUUCCCACCUUGACCUUAUCUUAUCUCUUUUUCGCAGUGACGUGCAGCGUGUGUGGCUCUCCGCCCCGGCACCAGCAGAAAACCAGCAGAGAAACGAUGAUGAUGAUGAUGAUGGUGGUUAGCAGAUCUCUUUUGCUGGCUGAACAAAAUAACUGACUCACGAAACGACGACUGACUCGCUCACUCCUCAAUUCCUCCAAACCAACCACUCAUCCGCCGCCGACCACUAAUAGAAAAACUAAUAGAAGAAAAAGAAGAAGAAUUGUUCAGAUAGGACGAUGGCCGCCAUCCGUAAAAAGUUGGUGAUAGUUGGUGACGGAGCUUGUGGUAAAACUUGUCUUCUCAUCGUGUUUAGCAAAGAUCAAUUUCCAGAGGUGUAUGUACCCACGGUUUUUGAGAAUUAUGUCGCCGAUAUUGAAGUCGAUGGGAAACAGGUCGAACUCGCAUUGUGGGAUACCGCUGGACAGGAGGAUUAUGACCGCCUGCGACCCUUAUCGUAUCCAGAUACGGACGUCAUUCUCAUGUGCUUCUCCAUUGACUCGCCAGACUCUCUGGAAAACAUUCCGGAGAAAUGGAAUCCUGAGGUGAAGCACUUUUGUCCCAAUGUUCCCAUCAUUCUUGUCGGAAACAAGAAGGAUUUGCGCAACGAUCCAGCCACCAUGAGAGAAUUAGCAAAAAUGAAGCAAGAGCCGGUCAAGCCGGAAGAGGGUCGCGCAAUGGCGGAGAAAAUCAAUGCUUUCGCUUAUCUUGAGUGCUCCGCCAAAAGUAAGGAAGGAGUCCGAGAAGUUUUCGAAACCGCGACUCGAGCUGCAUUACAAGUAAAGAAGAAGAAACGUACCAAGUGUUGUAUUUUGUAAGUCAUCAUCCAAUCCAUUCGUCAUGAAUUAAUUAUUAUUAUUAUUAUUAUUAUUGUCAUCAUUAUUAUUAAAUUAAUCAUCAUCCUCCUCCAUCACUCGCCGUAUAAAUCACUACCAGCAAACCAACUACCAACCAGCCAAACCCCACAAAUUCAUUAAUUAUUAAUUGUAACGGUUGCUGUGUGGGUGUUAUUAUUACGUAUUUAGAUAAAUGUUACGUUGUUGUUCCAGGCAUUUUUUGAAAGAGAGAAAUUCAGAUUAUUAUUGUUAUUAUUAUAUUAUUAUACAACUCUUCCUUUUAGACAACUUAUCAGAUUAUUAUGAAUUAUAAAAUUAGGUAAAAAACAACUUUCAAACUUUUUCGCCGUGACCUAUAUACCAUAAAAUAAGUACCAUACCAGAAGAAAAGAGAAGAACGUUCUAUAAUAAUAAUUAUUAAGGAACAACAAUAUUAAAUAAGGAACAAUUACUAACAAACAACACGAGGAGGAGAGAAAAGAAAACUCUGCUGCUGUUAUUACUCUGUACUUUAUCUACCUUAAAAAAACCUUAAAUCUAUUAUAUCUAUCUAUGUAAAUCUACCCCUGUUAUUGCCACUACUAAACUGAAACUAACCACUCUAUGUAUUAAAACUAACUACUACAACAACUAACGGACUAACUACUCUACUACUGGGACUACUCUUGUAUGCUAUUAUUACAAUUAUAAUUGUCACUAUUAUUAUUAUUAUUAUUAUUCUUUAGUAUUGUUACUCAUGAGCGGAUAAAAGUUUAUGAUUAUAUAAAUAUAAAUAAAGUCCACAAGAUUUAGACAGUUCAGUUGUCUUUAGAAAA